AUGGUUUUGGAAGAUGAAGAAACAUCGAGCUCAGUGGAGCAGCGGAGCCAGGAGAACCAGGAGGAGAUUCUAACAGGAGAACAAUCUGAAGAUCAGGAUGAGGAUCACCUCUGUGAAGGAACGUCCGGCUCUGUGGAGGACACCAUCACUCCUGUAGUCCGACAGCAUGGAGUCCAAGAGGAGCCAUUAAAAGAAGAAGGAAAGAAAGAAUCUGAAGAUGAAGAAUAUCUCUACUGUGAGGAGUGCAGAUCUUUCUACAUCAGUAAGUGUGAGCUUCACGGUCCGGCUCUCUUCAUCCCUGAUACCCCCGUCCCCAUGGGGGUGGUGGAUCGAGCCAGACGAACCCUUCCACCCGGUCUGGAGGUUCGUGAGUCCGGUAUUCCUGAUGCAGGUCUGGGAGUGUUUAAUGAGGGGGGAACGGUUCCGGUGGGUGCACACUACGGCCCCUACCAGGGAGAGGUGGUGGAUCGAGAGGAAGCCAUGAAGAGCUGCUACUCCUGGGUGAUCCACAGGAAGAGUGGGUGUGAGCGGUACGUAGACGGCAGGUCGGAGCAGCACGGGAACUGGAUGAGGUACGUGAACUGUGCUCGUCACGCUGAGGAGCAGAACCUGGUGGCGUUCCAGUAUGGAGGAGGGAUUCUGCAGAGGUGA